UUCCAUCGAUCUGAACGCCCCCACCGGCCGGUCGACCCUCCACCACCUACCCGUCGCCGUCGUCCUCGCCCUCGCCCUCGCCUCCAGCCUCCCCUCCGCCCCCAAAACCCUAGCCCCGGCCCCGGCCCCGCCGCCCCAGAGCCCCCGCCAUGUCCACCAACGGCAGCUCCCCGAGGGUCAGGGACACGGAGAGCAGCCUGGAGAAGGUGAAGCGGCAGCUGUCGACGGGAUCCGGGAGGUACCUGCUGCAGGGCCCCCUGCUGAAGCGAUCUGAGACGCUACGGAAAUGGAACGAACGAUGGAUAAUAUUGGACCCAACAUCUGGCAAGAUGGAAUACAAACUUCGGAGGAAUGAAACUGCCGUUAAGGGAACCAUUAUCUUUGAUGCUUCAAGCACCAUUACUUUGUCUCCUGUAAACUUUCAAGGCAUGCCAAAGUAUGACGGAUGCUGUUUCUACAUUGGAACUCCUCAGAAAAAAGAUUACUUUCUUUGCGCUGAAACUCCUGGUGCUGCCAAAGCUUGGGUAUCUACAUUGCAUGCAACUCAAUUAGUACUACAAGCGCAUAAAGAGGCAGUAAAUUCUUUAGCUGGGAAUGGCUCUCCUUCUACAUUAGGCACGGUUGCUACUGCAGUUGCUAAUGCUAAUGCAACUGCUUUGGAGGCAAUGAAGGAGAUAGAUGCAGCACUGAAGGUUUCAAUGAGGGCAGCUCUUGGGUUGGGUACAAAUAAUUCGAAUGUGGGUCAACUUGAUGAUUUAACUAUCAUGAAGGAGACUCUCCGAGUGAAAGAUGAGGAGUUGCAGCAUUUGGCUAAGGACAUUCGUGCUCGUGACGCCACAAUUCAGGAAAUUGCAGAGAAGUUAACAGAGACCGCAGAGGCUGCAGAAGCAGCAGCUUCUGCAGCCCAUACAAUCGAUGAACAGAGACGACUUCUAUGUUCAGAGAUUGAGCGUCUGAAAAAAGCAAUGGAAACACAAAUGGAACAAUCCAUGCUUAAGCUACGGCAAUCUGAAGAGAAGGUAAUUAGCCUGAGCAAAGAGAACGACCAGUUGCUGAAGGAAAGAGACGCCGCAUUUCAGGAAGCAUAUAUGUGGCGCACUGAACUAGGAAAAGCUAGAGAACAAGCGGUGAUACAGGAAGCAGCAAUUGCCCGAGCAGAGGAGAAGGUAAGGGUGUCUGAAGCGGAUGCCGCGGUUCGGAUAAAGGAAGCCGCUGAAAAGUUGCAUGCUGCCGAGAAAGAAAAAGAAGAACUUCUAGCCCUUAUUGGUGUUCUCCAAUCACAAGUGCAGAGAGAACAAAGCAGCACGAAGCAGGUAUGCGAAGAGAGAUCCGAAUCAUGCUCUGGCGCCGACAACUCCCCUCCGCUGACAAAGCAUGUCGACGCAUCAGACGACGACGUGGACAAGGCGUGCGUGAGCGAUUCGAGAUCGGUCCUGGUCUCGAGCGAGAGCACGGAGGUCCAGCUGGCCGUGGACGGGGUGGACAUCCGCCCCAUCGGCGACCCGGAGUGGGGCGGCUUCCAGCAGCCGGAAGCGCUGAUCGCCGACGUGCGGGAGGUCUCCCCGGAGGCGGAAGGCAGCAGCCUGGAUAUCCCGGUGGUCAACCCGGCACCGGCCAAUGAUCAUAUGCAGGGAGGGGCAACACAUCCCUGAAGGCCUGGAGGUCCUGGAGCUGUCCAUUGCUUUCUUGGGUGGUUUGUGAUUAUUGAGGAGACCGGCAGGGAUUUGAAUCCUCUCGAGAAUUACUGUCGCUUUUUUUUUUGCUGCUUCCAGGUUGUGUGUCCUUUGUAUUUAAGUAUGCAGCUCAAUAAAAGAUGAGAGCAGUUUGUCGUGUGAUUGUAAAUUAUUAUUCACGUCAUCUCCUUUUGCCAUUGAUUUGAAUUAUGAAUUGUCCAUGAUUGAAACAAAUGUGAUGAGAAAAGGACACAUGAAUUGAAAGUUGAUGCUGUGGAACUAAAA